UCGAGUGUCAGAGGUCUUUUUUUCAGUUUCUUUGAUUUUUUUUCAUGUCGUUUGUUCUGACGCUUUCUUUGGAUUAUGGAAAACAGCCAAAACACCGGUUAUUUUAGUUCCAGGAUUAUUGGGAAGUCGCCUCGAAGCGAAUAUUCGUAAAAGCACCGAGAGUAGUAAUUGUCCGAGAUACUCCAAGGGAUAUUUUACUCUUUGGAUGAACGUAUGGAAAAUGGCGUCAAUUGACUGCUGGAUUGACAAUAUGAGAUUGAUUUACGAUCGAGCGACUAAAACAAACCGCAGCCCACCGGGUGUCGAUAUCAGAGUGCCCGGUUGGGGUGAUCCCGGGGUGUUGGAAUACUUAGAUGAGUGGCAUUUUGUGCCUUACUUUAAGCCGCUCGUCAGUUUUCUCGAAAACGAUUUGGGAUACGUACGUAACGUCUCUUUGCGUGCAGCUCCCUAUGAUUUUCGACGGGGACCUUCUGAACAGGGAGUAUUUUUUAGUAAAUUUCAAGAGUUAAUUGAAGAAACUUAUCAUAAGAACGGCAGGAAGUCUGUCGUAUUGAUAACUCACAGCAUGGGAUGCUUAUUAACUUUAAUAUUUCUACAGUGGCAAAGUCAGGAAUGGAAAAAUAAAUAUGUAAAAUCAUUCGUACCUCUUAACGGGCCCUGGGCUGGGACUGUGAAAUCCCUUGCAGUAUUCGCGGGUUGCAAUAGAUUAGAUGAACGAUUUGCAAUCAGCACAGAUUUUCUGAAGCCACAUUUAAUCAUUGCUUCCAGUUUGGCAUUUUUACUUCCAUCGCCAUGGCUUUGGAAUCCUUCGAACGUACUUGUAACCACUUCAAAAUGGAAUUACACCGUCAAUCACAUGGGCCAUUUUUUGACGGACAUCGGUUUAUCGAUCGCUUGGGAAUUUUACAAGAAUAGUGAACCCUUUAAAUAUGAUUUCCGUCCUCCAGGAGUUGAGGUACAUUGUUUAUACGGAGAACAAUUGGAUACUGUAGAGAGGUACAAAAGAUGGCAUUACAUUAACUACAAUGAAGUUGCAUAACUUAUCGAUGCACUUAUUUGAAAUCGUCUUCCUCCGGAUUAUAGUUUUCGUUACGAUAAAUGUCGGACUGACAAAUCCGCAAUUUACUAUGGAAAUGGGGAUGGAACAGUUAAUAUUAGAAGUUUGCAAGCUUGUCGUACUUGGAAAAACCAUCCUAACAAUUUUCAUCCUUUUUACUACAA